UCUGCGUUUGCGCGAUCCAAAUCAGACCAUCCACUGUAGCGGAGUGCUUUAAUGUGAACUCUUUCAAUCCCUGUCCUCUGGAAGAGCUCUUCCAGCGACGACUCUUUCUAUUCCAAUCAUAGAAAAGACAGCAUCCAGUGUCCUGAAGUGCUUUAAUGCGGGCUCUUUCCCUUCUAGCAAGCAUAAAAAUGGACUGUUUCAAUUUGAGUGAUUAGGAAGAGACCAUUCGGUAUUUUGAAGUGGUUAAAUCAAGGAUUAUUUCCAAUUGCAGUGAUCAAAAAGAGACCACGCAGCAUCGUGAAGCGCUUUAAUACAGACCCUUUGAAUUCCGUGCAUGUUAAAACUGGACGGUGGUCUACUGAAAUUCGAAAGCACUUUGUUUUCCAAUCCUCUCAGAAAUAGGAUGAUUAGUUCUCAGUUGUAAUCAACAGCUUCCGUUGCAGUCGCAGACUUUUAAUUCUUAUGUUGUUUGGUAGCACAGGAGAGAAGCAAAAGUGAACUGAAUGAAUCAAUCAGAGCAACAGAAGAUUUCUGCUAAGCUCGUCAGUAAUUUGUGUAUUGAACUGAUGUUACGGUGAGUCGUUCUGCGCCGCGAUGUGAUGAAAUAGCGAGCUGCGGAGCUGACUGACUUCCUGCAAGCGCUACGUGGGACACACAGCUCGUGUUGGCCACAGCGAUAGAAAAAGAUAUGCUUUUAAAGUAGUUGCUCAAAUAGUGCCAUUUUUUUCCAACUUAUUUUUUUUCCUUCCCCAAACAGACCAUACGACGGCAAACGAUUCAGUGAUUGGGUGAAGUGGCUGCUGAAGUUGCAGGUUUUGCCAAAAUGCAGGAAGGACAUGGACGAGAAAAUGAGGAGCAGACGGCGUCGCGGCCCUCUGUGGCUAAACUUGCCGGAAUGUUCAAAGGUUCCUCUCCUCCCCCUGCCAGCGAAACGCUACAGGAAAAGCCGGUCAGACGCCGACCUCCUCGCUCGUUACAACUGCCCAAAUCCCACGGAGACGAGCAUGAGAGGCCUUCAGGUGUGACUUCUCCUGUCAAAGCCAAGAGGAACUCCGCCCUGAUUGAGAAGCUUCAGGCCAACCUGGCUCUGUCCCCCGCCAAUCUGCUGCCCUCGCCCAAAAGCCCCGGCUUCAGGCUGCUACCGCCCUUCAGUCCGCCGUCUUCGCCCAGCCCCACUGCGGGGACCCCCUCGCCCACGCUGACGUCUCCAAGCUCCAUUUCUACAUCUUUGGUGACCGAGGAGGAGGGGCCGGUGUCAUUCGAAGCCCCUCCCACAGCGGCGGAGGGAUCCCUCUUGAUGAACGUGAACAAGAGCCGAGCUCGCCACUCUCUCAGGCGACGCCCUCCGUCCCGCCGCCACAGGAAGUCCAGCAACGGAGAGGAAGUGGACACGGCCGGUGAGGAGACAGACACACCCGCGAGCCAACCGAAUCAGAAAACGACACAAGGAGCAGGCGGGGAUGACGUCGGUGAUGAGAAUAGAAAUCAUUUGAAGGAGGACAAAUCGGAAGAAACCCCGAAAAAAGGCCAGAUCAAUUGUGACAUUCAUCUCAGGGAAGAAGAAGAAAAUAAGAAGCAGGUUGCUGGUGAGGAGAAGGACACUCAAGAUGGAGUCAGGGUGGAGGGAGAGAACCAAGAGACAACCUCAGGAGAGUCUCCAAACAACAAAGAAGAAGAAGACAAAAGUCACGGUUCCACAUGGCAGAGUUGAUGAGAAGUUGAACAAGCUUCCGUUUUCUGAGCCACUCCUCUUGGUUUGGAAGCGUUGUGGGAACAGAGACCUCCAAAAGAGAGCGGACAAAACACUUUGCCAUCGAGAACCGGAAACCUUGCCGCAUUUUCGCUGGAACAGAAGAACUGGCAUUGACCCGCUUUAGUUUUUAAAGACGGCAUUGAGACAAUGAGAUAGAGACUCUUACUUUCAGUUUGGAAAAAAAAAAAAUCGCACGGAAUUUAACCCCGUUCCACUUUUAACAAUCAAUUCCACUUUCCCCCCCAUUCUGAUCCUUGUCCCUGCUUCUGCCAGAGUUGUUAUCGUAUAAAAGUACACAUUUGACAACAUAUGGACUCGGCUCACUGUCUUCUUGAAACACCGAUAUCAGACAGCAUUAGUUGCGCCGGUUUUCGCACUCGGGGACUCAAACUAGCCAUCUCCUACCAAACAGCUUCCCAAUGCACUCUGGAACAAAUGUAGAAGGCGGCGAACAAUUUGACCAAAAAAAAAAAUCCAGAGUCUGAAACGCCCUCCCAUCCCAUUUAAGUCAUCGUCAUUCAGCAGUUCUGAUGGCCUUGAACAUCUUUCGGUGACAAGAGGAUUUCCCCAAAGUUGGCACCCAUCAGCCACCCUUAAUCCUCAUGAAAGUUAAUUUAAGGAAAGGGCCAGAAGGGGGAAACCCUGUCCUACCAACCGUGGCUUUAAUCUCAUUUUGAUGAGCGCUCUGAUCAAUCACAAAUAAUCUCACCGGUGUUUUACCGCAUAGAUUAUUCAA